AUGAGAAUCUCUUGCGUCCUUCUACUUCAAUGUGCCUUUCCGGUUUGCGCGUUGGGCUUCCGCAAGGCUGAAAUCACGGACACUGUCGGAUUCGUCAGAGAGGACAACCAACGAGACACGAUCUCUCUACUGCUCAGCUGCUUCGCUAUUCUCGGGCUUUGUGUCUACUCUGCAGUACAUCUCAACGUCCCACGUAAAGGCGAGAGUAGCAUCCGGGUUCUAGUCCGAGAGUUCAAGUGGUGCAUCAUCGGCCUCUUUGCACCAGAGUUGAUCCUCUAUACCGCCUGGAGGCAACUUGCUUCCGCUAGGCAGCUGUGUUACAAGAUCAACGAUAUACAAACAAAUAAUCCUACCGAAGCAGAAGAUCAGCGGCUGAUCAGCAUGACCCGAUGGGCGCUCCCACAUGGCUUCCACGGAUCCAUGGGUGGGUUCGCAAUUGACCUCGAAACCACGGAUGACCCUCUCACGUCACUUUUCGGCAGUCAUAAACGCCUGUCUCUGACUGCAAAAGGUUUUGCCCUAUUAGCCGAAUGUGGGCAUAUCUCGGAAGUCUCUGUAGACGAGAUCAAAGACAAGAACAAGGCAGACGGUCUCGCAAAGCUCCUGGUAUGCAUCCAAGCGGGCUGGAUGAUCGUCCAGAUUACCAGUCGGGCAGCUACCGGACUUGCAACGACGCUGCUGGAAGUACACACCGUUGCACAUGUUGUGUGUGCGCUAGUCAUGUACGUUCUAUGGUGGCACAAACCUCGUCAAGUCGGAUCGCCAACGUUGCUCAAGGGUGACUGGCUUUUGCCAUUGGCGAUGUAUAUGUUUCUUGCUAGUCGGUUUCCAUUCAUCGAUAGCGUAUGGGUUGCCUACAAUGAGCGUAAGCUUAGUUGGUUCGCGUUCGGGUUCAUCACUUUGCGGUGCAUACUCUGCGGUAUAAGCUACAUGGUCAGUCGAGCAUAUUUGGUAGUUGAGGCUUUUGUAAGCAUUCGGCGUGUACCCUCUGAGGUAUAUCAAACACCAGCCUGGUUGCAAGUGUUUCCUCAUUUAUAAGCCGGCGUCUCUGAAAAACAUUCCCAGAAAUCUAAGUCCAUUAGUGCACACAAUAUUACGGCACUGCUUCCUGUAUCUAGCUCUGUGCUUUUUUAAGGCUACAUAUCUAUAGAAUAAGUAGUAUAUAUAACAUGGUGAGCCG